AUGACUGUUGUGGUGCUGGUGCAUUAUUAACAAUUACUAACAAUCGGUUGCAUGACCGCGAAAACUUUGGAGCCGUCGAGUUUUGUGCCCCAAAUACGAAAGACUUCAACGGCUCCUCCCCCUCCCCCUCGCUUAACCCCUACCCAUCCCCCAUAACCCUGCCUAUUUAGCAUUACAAAACUGCUGUUAUGUAUUCACUUCUUUAUUUUCGCUUUUUGUGUGUGAUUUUCGCUGUCGUUCGUGCUUUUUGCCCCGUUCUCUUUCAGUUUCGAUUCCCGGCUCCGGAUUCUAGCUUUAAUUCGCUUUUUCAACAGUUUGGUCGAGGGCCGUUGUGCAGUUAAAGUGAGUUAGUUUUCAGCUUCUGCGGGUGCGGCUCUAAUGAACCAUUAACCCUCCGCAUGGGCAGGGGGUUGGUCGGGCCGGGAUCGGCACUGGUUUUGGAAGCGGAGGGUUCCCAAUCUGUUUGCCAGAUGUUCGUCGCAGUCCAGGGUCAUCGUCGUCGCUCUCUUCCAGUUGCAUUUUCUUUGUGCUCGCUUUUCAUUGGAAACUCCGCUGCCUCGGAGAACAGACACUGCGGGAUCGAAAACGGUCUGGUUGUACAGCUUUAUCUCGAUAUCUUCUAUGGCUAUAUUGUGAUUUUAGUGAGUGUGUUGGAUUGCUUAUCAGUUGUUGCCUUCCUCGAGAUCUUAUCAGGCGGUUUCAUCCAUCUCGCUCUCUCCCAAACAAAAGAUUAAGGCAACAAACUGGGAUUUUUUUGUGGAAGCUUACGUUCGCUGGAAAUGCCAAAUGAUAAUGCGAUCCACUUCUAGACUAUGGAGCUCCUAUCUCUCUACACCGCGAAAAACUGUGCACAACAUGCCAUUGAUAACUACAUUUUUAAAAAGAAACGAAUAUUUUUAUUGUUCAGAACAUACACGGCUAUUUUCAAAUUGGAUAGUUAAUGUAUUGCUAAUAAUUCAUUAAGCAUUGGGUAUAACUCCGAACAGCUUCUGACAACACUGCCAAAAUAGUAAGAACUAUUGCAGUAAUCAUAUAAAAAAGUGCACUUCCAAGCACCUAAAUAUGCAAAUCUCUCAAUUUUGGUAAUAUUUUUCCUGUGCAUAGGUCUUAUCACUGUUGACACAGCUGGAGGUUCUGUUCCGUUGCUGUUUCUCUUCUUGUUUCUGUUUCGGCCUCACAUACGGUUACUAUUUUUGUCUGUGUUUUUGAUUCUCCCUCUGCUUCGGAACGUGGCGCACGGUGAAUGGAGAAUUAAAACGGUUCUUAACUUUUUUGCAGCUCAUCUAAACUAAUCCAAACCAAUGGUGUAUGGGAACUAUCCUAGAAGUAGCAAAUUGAACCGAAAAAUACGAAUCCCUAAUUACAUACGUAGAAAAUUAACAUUAGAAGUAAAGCCAAACAGGUGGUGCCGGUGUUUCCCAGGAAGCGGUCCCCACACAUUUAGUUACGAAUCGAAAUAAUAAAAGCAAACAAAUGGUACGUAGCCGUCGCAGUGUGUCCAAGGAGGAUGCGGUCUCUCUGCUCACAGACAGCGGCAUAUCGUUGUCCUCGCCGCCGGCGGCGAGGGAAUCCUCACCAGGCCACACACUUUCGAUCAAGAGGAGGAAGAGCAGCUUAGCAAGUCUGCGGGACGCAUGUGUGGAGGAGGAAGAGGACGACGGCGGAGAGCAGGACUCAAGGGAUAACGACUACGUGCAGCCGCAGCUGAAAAAGUCUGCCCGAAAGGUCGAACCGGUGAAACGCAAGCACCAUGUCUGCAGCCAAUGCUCAAAGGAGUUCGGCGGCAAGACGGAUCUGCAGCGCCAUAUGCUUAUCCACUCGGACGAACGACCGCACAAGUGCAAGGAUUGUGGCAAAAGCUACCGCCAGGCGGUCAAUCUGAAGAACCAUAUUACCACCGCCCACGAGCAUCGGAAGCAGUUCGUCUGUUCCCAGUGCCCAAAAUCAUUCGCACUAAAGGAACGCCUGCGACUCCACAUGCGCCUCCACUCUGGGGAGAAGCCCUAUCCUUGCGCCCUCUGUGACAAAAAAUUCGCACGAGGAGGUCAGCUUCAACAGCACAUGGUUUCUCACCACAAGACGAGUAUCCAGCAGUUCAAUUGCACAAAGUGUUCGGCCAGCUUUUCAACCAACGCCAAUUUGCGGGUGCACAUGGAGCGACACGAACAGGGCAUGGAACACCGGUGCAGCAUCUGUGAAAGCCAAUUCGCUAAUGAGCUGGCCUUGCGAGCCCACAUAAACCAGGAGCACCACAAGCUGACGCAAUUUGAGUGCGAGAUAUGCCACAAGAUGAUCGAGCCGGACGAGGAUCUGGCUACUCACAUGCAAAGGCACGCCGCUGUUAAAACACACGUGUGCGAGGUGUGCAACACAUAUUUCACUCAGAAGAGCCAGUACAAUGUCCACAUGCGGAUGCAUACAGGAGAGCGCCCAUACCAAUGUAGGAUCUGCCACCAGACCUUUGCCCAUUCAAGCGUUUUAAAACUGCACAUUCGAAAGCACACGGGAGAAAAACCCUUUCGCUGCCAGCUGUGCGAGGACGAAGUAGCCUUCUCUCAGCUGGCACACCUUAAGAACCACAUGAAGAAGAUACACAAACAGCAAAAGCCCUACAUGUGCGAAGGCUGCAACGAGUUCUUUAAGAUCAAGGUGGAACUUCAGUCGCAUGUUGAGCAAUGCGAUAAGUGUCCAGUUGGCGGAGACCAAUCUAGUGGCAGUCAGUCUGAAGAUGCGCAAAUCCUCUCUGUCUUAAGAUUCAACAUGGCAGUGGUACUGAAAAAAAUUAGCUCCGCUCAGAAACUGCGCCAAUUGGGUUACGAGAAGCGUCUGAUCGAUAACGUUAUCAUUGCAUCGUUAAAGCUGGCUCAGCGACAAUCCCAUGACGACGCCACGAUGACACCAUUGGCCAGACUCCGGCUAAAUGUGGAGGAAUUUCUUAAGUGGAUUGUGCCAGCCCCCACAAUGCAGAAAUUCAGCGACGAAUUGUUAUCUAUCGACACAAUUCUUGAGAAAAUUGCCGCCAUGUAUAUGAAGCAGAAGUAGAAUCCAGGAGUUGCUAGCCAACGCCAAAUGAGAGUGUGCCAUAGAAGAAGGAUUUGUAGAAAUAGUUCUUGCCAUUUAGAUUAGUGUUUGGUAACCCAAAGUUGUUUACGAAACCCAACCAAAUAAUUUAUCCCAAAGAUGUAUACUUUGUAGUAGAGAUCAUUUUUAUGAAUUACUAUCCUUAACCCCAAUUUUGCUGCUACCAAAAAGUAUAAUUUGAAAAAUUUGUCAUUUAUCAGUCAUAAUUAUUUUCCUAUACAAAGAAAAUUAGUUUAAGAACAAAUUUCGAUGCAAUAAUUUAUAUAAUAAUAAGUUUAACACGAUUGAAACCUCAAAAAUGUUGUAUUCUUAGUCUUGCCAGAGAAACAGAUUGUCCCGAAGUGAAUCUAUAACAGCACAAGUACAAUACAACUCUUUGUGGCCAUGCUUAUAAAACGAAUAAGCUUAAUGCAUUUAGUUGCCAUUUGUCUUUUCCAACCUUUGUUUUAUUUGAAUAACUCGAAUGCGUAGUGUGUAAAAAGUGCAAAAUCUGAAGUAUACAACUGAAAUGCAAAUCAAAAUACGCAAGUAAAGUAAUGAA